UUAAAUCUAUCAGAUCAACUGUCUUUAAAGGAGACAAACCACUUGGGCGGCUUCUUCAAGCCAUUUCUUUUCCCUUGUUUUGCGAUGGAAGCAACGUGCGAGAACACUCUUCUCAACCUCAACGCCAGCCCUUCUCGGCACGAGGACGGUGUCCAGGCUGAGGUUUUGAUGAUGGAAGAGCUGAAUCGUUUGAGUAGUGAGAAGAAGAUGCUAACUGAGAAGCUUACUCGCGUUACUGAGAGCUACAAUGCUCUGCAAAAGCAUUUUAACCAAGUCCUUAAGAACACCGAUUCUGAGUUGGACUUAAGUACAGUACAAUCAAGGAAGAGAAAGGCUAUUGGAACCGGGAAUUGUAUCGGCAAUAAUAUGUUGAAUUUUAGCGGCGCUUCUGAGUGCAGCACCAGUACUGAGAAUUCAUUCAAGAGGCCCAAGGACCACAGUCUCAGUCACCCUAUCUCUCCCAAGGUUUCAAAGUACUUCGUGCGCACGCACGCAUCAGAUCCCAGCUUAUAUGUGAGAGAUGGAUAUCAGUGGAGGAAAUAUGGUCAGAAGGUGACUAGAGAUAACCCUUCUCCUAGGGCUUACUUUAGGUGCUCCUUUGCUCCUAACUGCCCAGUGAAAAAGAAGGUGCAAAGAAGCGCGGAAGACCCAACUUUAUUGGUUGCGACUUACGAAGGAGAGCACAACCAUAUUAUGCAUGGAGCUCAAAGUGAAGUGAUUGACCCAAUUCCAGUGAACUCAAAUGCAGGGCCGAGUGAGAUUAUUGAUCAGAAUUCCAGCCGCCAGUUUUUGGUUCAACAAAUGGUUUCUUCUUUGUCAAAAGAUCCCAUUUUCAAAUCAGCUCUCGCUACUGCCAUUUCAGGAAGAAUUUUAGAGCACACUGUUCCCUAGCUAAUAUAUAAUAGUUCAGAUCAUUUGUAUUGAUAUGUAAAAUUAAGUGAGGAACUUGAUUUUGUAGUUUUUGCGUGGCUCUUGUUGUAGAUCGCGUAUAAUAUUGUAGGGUGUGCAAAGUAUACAUGUGUAUUUGCUGCUAUGGCAUUAGCCUAGACGAGGCUGCUUGUGAUAAUUUGGUUUCUACGACUUCCAUCCAGUUAUGAUAAGAUACUAUUUGAAAGCAAA